AUGAUACCAGGAUUAGUAUCCCGUUCAUAUGAAAUUCCAAAUGAAAUGCCAACUACUAUGAUUCGAUCAUCAUGUAGCAAUUUUCCUAUAUGGAUUCGACAGCGAUCAAAAAUUGUGGAAACAUUAGUACCACAAAUAGAUAAAUGUUCCAAUUUAAUGGAAAUAUCAUUUGGAUAUUUGACAUCAAUAGCAGCUUAUUGUUGGAGUAAAAAUAUUCAAAAUGAUUCAUUAUUAGAAUGGAAGACAGAUAUUCGUGAGAAAUAUCUUGUGAUUAAAUACAAAUCUAAAUUUACAGUUGAAUUAAGACUUAAUCAAAAUUGUUUGGAUAAAUAUUUUCUAAUGUCAACCGAAAACAUUAGAACUUACACGAUGAUUUUACCUCUCAAAGCAGUUCCACGUUGUUAUUGUAUUAUUCAAGCUAAAAAUCGUUCAUAUACUCAAAGAACGCUUGAUUUUGGAAUAGUAGAUGGAUCAUGUUUAGUAAUCAGUUCAGCUAUAUGCUUAAAAUUUCAUGAAUACAAUUCAUUAAUAUCCUGCGCUGAGUUUUUGAUUAAUGUCUUAAGAUUAGAUUGUCAUCAAGGAUGUUUUAAUUGUACUCAAAUGCUAACUCCGAAAUUGCAAUUUGAUCACAUUUUAUCAGAUUUUUGGUCAAGUUAUGCAUUUCAAAUGUUAUUAACAUUAGGUGAUCGAAUUAAACAUCAAAUAACAAUAGUUACUCUUCGUAAAAUUAUUCAAUUAUCAAAUUCAUCCAAAGGUCAACAAUAUCCAAAUCAUAAAUGUUAUUUGAAAUUAAUGGCUAUUUAUUUUCGAGCUCGAUUUAAUCGUUUCUUUGAUAUAAAUCAAGAAUUUGAUAAUAUUCAAGCAAUACCAUCAAAUAUUAUUUUAGAUAAAUGGGAAUAUGUACCUCGAAUUUAUUUAACACCUUAUGGUACAUAUCCUUUACCAGUCAAACCUAUGCGAGGAAAUCGAAUUUUACGUGAACAAAAUCUUUUUGGAUCUGGUAAACAUUUUUGUCGUGUUAUCAUUCGAGAUAUUGAUCUUGGACAACCUCAAAUUGAUUUUAUACAAAUCAAUGAAAAAUGGAUUAACGAUUUAAUAUUAGGAAAGACGAAUAUUAUAGUUGGUGAUCAAACAUUUGAAUUUUUACUCUGUUCGAAUAGUCAAUUACGUGAUCGAAGCUUUUGGUUUUAUGCUCCUUAUAAUGGACGUCGAGCAAAACAUAUACGACAAUGGAUGGGUGAUUUUUCAUCCGAAAAGUGUAUUGGAAGACGUAUUGCACGGAUGGCAUUAUCAUUAACUGGCACAACGGCUACUAUAAAACUUUUACCUCAUCAAAUUCAAAAGAUCGAUGAUAAAUUGGAUGAUCAUGAUCGAAUUUUUACUGAUGGAAUCGGUAAAAUUUCUCCAAUGGCAUUAAAGGAAGCGAUGAUGUGUUAUAAUCCUGAGGUGAUUGAAAAUAAUUAUAUGCCAUGUGUAAUACAAGCACGAUUGAAUGGUAUCAAAGGAGUAUUUGUAGUAGCUCCUGACUUAAGUAAUAAAGGUAUAUUAAUUCAAUAUCGCCCGAGUCAAUAUAAAUUUAAGGUGGAUCAUCAUGUAUUGGAAAUUGUUAAAUAUUCGAGUUCUGGAAUGGCAUUUUUAAAUCGACAGGUGAUUGUAUUGCUGGAAAAUAUGAAAGUAGAAAAACAUAUUUUUGUGAAAUUACAAAAUAAAGCAAGGUUAAAAAUAUCCAUGUCAUUAUUAGCUAAUAAAUCAGCUCAACAUACACUUGAACAACAUGUUCGAUCUUAUGAUUGGGAACGCAUGUAUCAUUCCGGUGUACAAUUAACUCAAGAACCAUUUGUGCGUUCCUUAUUACUUUUAUUGGCUAAAGAAAGAUUAAAACGACUAAAAGAAAAAUCACACAUUCAAAUUUCACUUUCUGAUGGGCGAAUGUUACUAGGUGUUGUUGAUGAAACAAAUUCUCUUCAAUACGGUCAAAUAUUUAUUCAACUUCAUGAUCUAAAUGGUCAAAGUCAAAUAAUUAAAAAUCGAAAAGUCUUAAUUACAAAAAAUCCUGCACAUUUUCCAGGUGAUAUACGAAAAUUAGACGCUGUUGAUUGUCCAACUCUUCAUCAUCUAUAUGAAUGUGUAGUUUUUCCAGCUCAAGGACAACGUCCUCAUCCAAAUGAAAUCAGUGGUAGUGAUCUAGAUGGCGAUGAAUAUUGGGUAUGUUGGAAUGAAGAUCUCGUCAACAAUGCUAUAUUACAAUAUUCACCAGCUACAUUCGAUUCAGCCGGGAAAAUGAAACAUAAUGGUGAAAUAACUAUGAUGGAAAUCGCUGAUUUUCUUUUCAAAUAUUUGAGUUCAGAUUCAUUAGGUGCUUUAUCUAAUCGGCAUUUAGCUUGUUGUACAUUAUAUGGACCUAGUCAUGAAAAUUCAUGUCGUUUAGCUCAAAUUAUUUCUGAAGCAGUCGAUUUUCCAAAAACUGGUAUACUUCCAAAACAACCACGAGACAUAAAUAUUGAUCAAUAUCCUGAUUUUAUGGAAAAUAAAUAUAAACAUUCAUUUGAAUCCCAUUCAAGUAUUGGAAUCAUGUAUAGACAAGUCAAAGAAGUAUGGGAAAUUCAUUCAACAUAUCAAGAUAAAUUAUAUGAUCAAAAGAUAAAUAUUAAUGCAGACUUUUUAAUUCAAGGUUAUGAGACAUAUAUUCAUGAGGCUGAAAAUGAAUAUCAAUAUUAUACUUCAAGAAUUAAUACAAUUUUAUUGACUUAUAAUCUAGAAAAUGAAUAUGAACUAAUAACAGGAUGUCAUUCAUGUAUUGAAGAAGAAAAGAAAAAUAAUGAUUCAGUUGAAACGGCAUUAUUAGAAUUUCGACAUCUUGUUCAAGAAAUGAGAAUUAGAUUUGCAAAUGAUAAAUUAGAUGAUACGGCACAACUCCGUAAAGCUAGUGCAUGGUAUUAUAUUGCAUAUAAAUCAGGAACUAUACUAAGUUUUGGCUGGAUUAUGAAUCGUUUGAUGAGUGAUAUUAUCAAACAAAAACAGAUACCUCAAGAAGAACAUCAAGCGUUGAAACGUAUUGGUUAUGCCAAUAUAUGGUAUGAUACAAUGCAAACAGUUCGUUUAACAGUAACACCAACAUGCUAUGCAAGAAAAAUUGAUUCAGCUGAUAGUGGUAUCAGUGAUGUAUGA